CACAGUCAUCAGGAAAGGAAAUCUGCUUGGUGAGAUAAGUUUUUUUCACUUCCUUGGGCUGUGUUCAACACAGAGUGAUCACACCCUGAUUUAUCUGAGUUGCUCCCAGAAAUUAAUUCUCCUUGCUUUAGACACAGACGACAGGACGCCUUUUAAAAUGUGGGACAGAGGAAAACUGCUUCUUGCUGCAGUCGUGUUCACAGCUCUCUGCUACAGAGUGGCUGCAAAAAACCUGGACAUGGCACCACAUGCUGUAGAUGUCCUGUAUGAUAAGUGCCGCAAAGAAGCCAUCAAGGAGUUUAUCCAUUCAGGCGUCUUAAAGGCAGAGCUAAAGGGCAGUGAGGGAUUCCAGAAAGCAUGGAGUGCGAGUACCCAGUGUUCAGAGAUGAUCCCAGGAGGAAUAAAAGAACAUACAACUGCACUUCUGGCAUAUGCUUAUGGAGAUCCAAGGUUUAAAAAGACCUUCAACGAUAAAGUGGAGACAAUGGGUGCAAAUGUUAGCUCCUAUGUAAAGGACUUCCAUUUCAAGUCUCUUCACUUCCUCCUCAUGGACUACAUGAUGCUGCAGAAGCCAAAAAAUUGCACAACUGUGUAUGUUCUCGUAGAGCCAGGGGAACAAGUCACAGCAGAAAACGGCUCAAAAGUGAGAUUUGGAAGGUUCACCACAGCUCUUAAAUCAAUAGAGGUUGAGUUGGAUGGGGAUAUCAUUUUAAAUAUCACUUCUUGUCUCUUUGUCAAACUGGGGGAGAACAUUUGCAGGAGAGAAAUGGGUGAGAUCUUGUUAUCUCCAGUUGAAGAGUUCAUUGUGGAGAGUGUAAACCAGAAAAGUUGUGAUGACGCAGAAUACACUGAGAUUGUUUUGAAACACUCAGGUCUGAGGAGCUCGGACAGGUGCCACAUCUUUUCACGGUAA